AUGGACAACCUUACACUUGUCUUAAUUUCCUUUGUGGUGUUGGCAAGCAGUCAUGCCCUCUUCUUCUGCUUAGGCAGAAAAAGCACCAAAUUUCGCAAACAUGCCCCAGGGCCUCGCCCUUUUCCUAUCAUUGGAAACAUCUUGGAACUUGGCACCAAGCCUCACCUUUCACUUGCUAAGCUUUCUCAAACCUAUGGACCCAUAAUGAGUCUCAAGUUAGGCAACAAAACCACCAUAGUUAUUUCCUCUCCCCAAAUAGCAAAAGAAGUAUUGCAUACAAAAGAUAAUAUCUUCCCUAACAAGAUUAUCCCAGAUGCUUUCCGAGCACUUGACCAUCACAAAUUUUCAGUAAUAUGGAUGCCUUCUUCAGCUCAAUGGAGAACCCUAAGGAAAGUUUGUGCUACCAAUGUGUUCUCUUGCAUGAAGCUUGAUUCUACACAAGCUCUACGUCAAAGGAAGGUGCAAGAAUUAAUGGAUUAUGUCAAGGAAAAGUGCAAGAAAUGUGAAGCUUUGGAUAUUGGUGAGGCUAGCUUUAUAACUAUGCUUAAUACCAUAUCAAGCAUUCUAUUCUCUAUGGAUUUGGGUCAUUACACUUCUGAUGAGUCUCAAGAGUUCAAGGACAUUAUUUUCAGUAUCGCGGAAGAACUUGGAAGGCCUAAUGUUGUGGACUUUUACCCUAUCUUUCGCGUGCUUGAUCCACAAGGUGUGCGUGCAAGAAUGAAUUGUUAUUUUUGGAAGUUAAUUUCGUUUUUUGAUGGUCUUAUAGAAGAAAGAUUGCGCUUAAGAGCUUUAGAGAAUGAAUCCAAGGCAUGCAAUGACGUGUUAGAUUCUGUGCUUGAACUCAUGCUAGAAGAUAAUUCGCAAAUGAGCCGCCAUCAUGUGCUGCAUUUAUUUCUGGCAUUAUUUAUAGCUGGAAUAGACACAACAUCAACCACAAUAGAAUGGGCGAUGACGGAGCUGGUACGUAACCGAGAAAAACUAGAAAAAGUUAGAAAAGAGCUUCAAGAGGUACUUGUCAAAGGUGAACAACUUGAAGAAUCACAUAUCUCAAAGCUUCCUUUCCUACAAGCAGUGGUGAAGGAAACUCUCCGUUUGCAUCCACCCACCCCAUUUUUGGUGCCACAAACGCCAGAAGUUGAUGCUGAACUAUGUGGCUACACGGUGCCUAAAGGUGCACAAAUUCUGGUUAAUGUAUGGGGCAUGGGGAGAGAUUCAAGUAUUUGGACAAACCCAAAUGAAUUUAUCCCUGAAAGAUUCUUGGAGAAUAACAUUGAUUACAAAGGCAAUAAUUUUGAGUUGAUUCCAUUUGGAGCUGGAAGAAGGAUAUGUCCUGGAUUGUCAUUGGCUUCUAGGACUAUGCACUUUGUGUUGGCUUCUCUUAUAAAUAGCUAUGAUUGGAAGCUCGCUGAUGGGCUAAAGGAAGUGGACAUGGAUAUGUCUGAGAAAUAUGGGAUUGUCUUGCAUAAGGCUCAACCUCUCAAAGUCAUUCCCAUCCAAGCAUAA